ACAAACUCACACCUUCCUUUGACUAAGGUAACCAAGCUUCUUGUUUUGUUCGCUUUCGUUUCUUUUACUCGUAGCAGACACACCAAUGUCUGCCUCCAGAAAGAAGCUUCUUCUCAACACAGUGUCCGUGAAACUUGGCUGCGGCACCUGCAGAGGGCCAAAACUCUAUCGCAUAUUCCAUCCAAAGCCUAAACCCACGAAGCUCCCCUCUUACCAAAACCACAAAAACCACUACAACCAUUUCUCUUCUUCCUCUUCUUCAGCCCAAUGGGCUGACAGCACCAACACCACCCCCACCAACACCAACACCAACACCACAUUCUCUCCCUACGUUGAUUCCUCCCACUUUUCUGACUCCGACGUCAAGGCUGCAAGAACAGUGGGGGGUUUGGGAAGAGCUGGCAAAGAAGGGGUGGCGGUGGAGAAAGACUCCGAUGACCCUUAUCUUGACUUCAGACAUUCCAUGCUGCAAAUGAUAUUGGAGAACGAGAUAUACUCCAAGCAAGAUCUCAGAGACCUUCUCAGUUGCUUCCUUCAGCUCAAUUCACCGCACCAUCAUGGCGUUAUAGUCAGGGCUUUCACUGAGAUCUGGAAUGGCGUCUUCUCUGGCAGACCCAAUUCACACAUCAACCGUAAGCCACGUCAGUUCUAAGCACUGCACGUCAUCCUCGGUUGCUAUAACGUUAACGAGUUCUAUACUUUCUAUGUGCUGUGUUCUAGGUUCAAUGUAUAUCUUCUCCAACUCAACCACAAUCUUGGUUGAACAACUUUGCUAAUUAGUUUGUACUACAACGUCUUCAUCAACAAUUUGUAAAGAGGGUACUGCUGCUAUUUUUAUCAGUGAAGAGUAGUAUUAUGCAGUUUAAUAUAUAAUCAGAUUAUAUCCCAGUUCUGAGUUGGAUU